AUGGAUAUCGCCGAGGACUACGACAUGGACGUUUACGACGACCCCGAUGUCAAUUUCGCCCUCGAAAACAACAUUGUCUUCUCUCACGUCUGCGGUCAAAUCUAUGACGAGGUCAUGUUGGCUUUAUGCCCCAAUGUCGAGACCAUCGUGCUGCCUAUCUGCGACUACGACGAUGACAUGGAGUCCACAACAACCUUGACCCAUUUUGCCCAGCGCUUGAAGAUCAGCGGCGACUCUGCCAAGCUGCACAAGCUACGCCACCUCACCCUCGCAAUCAACAUGUCCGACAUCUUCAGCAUCUGCAACCCUGGUGUUCGGGUGAUUCUCCGUGCAGCACCCUCAUUGCAGACCCUCGUUUUUGUGGGCACUACGUGGCUCGCUGAUCAUCAUGCAGCAUCCUCUUUCAACUCCAGAGCCUUCACGCCGGCCCUUCAGAAUCUCACCAGUUUGGAGCUCAUCAACUCCAUCAUCCCAAAGGACAAGGAGGCUUCUGAACAAGACCGAGGGGACAAGGGGCUCAGAAUCCUGGCGGAGAUCAUCUAUCAGGCAAAGAAGCUGAAACACUUUCGAUAUCUCACUACCCACAAGGAAGAUACAAGAGAGCAUCUCCCGGCGGAAUGCCUCUUCAGAGCUCUCCAGUUCAGAGCCGACACUCUUGAAACCAUCGAAAUCGGCACCAACGACAUUUCGCCCACCAACCAUGAACCCGUCCAUCCAGAGAUGCGCGUUGUCAAAUCCACGCUCGCCCCGUUCGGCAAACUACGCACGCUCCGUCUGAACGAGGCUGCUUUCUGCAAGCACUAUGAUUCCGAGUCUGACAUCGAGGAUCCUGAACUGAUGAGGGAGCUCUGCCAGAGUUGCAUCGUGAAUAUACUUCCUCCCAGCAUCAAGCACCUGAUCAUUGGGUUAGAUGCGUACACCAUGGCGGCGAGGACUGAUCUGUUGAUACUGGCCCAGAUGGCGCCAUAUGGAAAGUUCCCAAAUCUCGAGAGUCUCCAUGUCAUUAUCCUGUACGGUCCAGGAGAGUACUGCGUGGCAAUGAACAAGACAGGCUUGCAGAAGGCUAAGAAGAAGUCGGCCCGUUUGCUGCCCAGGUUGGAGAGUCUCAUUGGGGAGUAUCCUCUCAAGAUAUCCAUUGAGCCGGAAGGAAGCCUCGAGUCGGGCCAAGGCGACUAUGAAGACUCGGACGAUGAGUCGGACGACGGCUUUGAUGAAGAUCCGGAUGGUGAAUCUGACGAGGGCUUCGGGGGUCGCUCGGACUCGGAUAGUGAAUGGGACGCAGACGGUCGUUCGGAUGACGAGUGA